AUGAAAACACAAAAGGAACGUAACUCAAACUCUUAUGGAGGAUCUGGUUCAACUUUGCCUCAAUAAGCCUAGCAAACUAACAUUGCUGGUGGAACUUUGAAUAACCCCAAAUAAAACAAAAUCAAUAAUUAGAUUCAAACUGCAUCAAGAAAUUUCUAGUUCAGCUAAAUGGGUUAUAGAAACAAUACUGAAUACAAUAACAUGAAUUCUUUGAAUUCUUUUGAUAACAGCUAUCCAUAAAGGAUACAGAUUAAUUAAUAAUAGAUACAACAAUAGCAAGUAUUUCCAAAGCAUAAAAAUAUUGAUUCAUACAAUUAAAAUCCUAAUCUAACCUAUUACCAUUAUCAAAAUGUAAAGAGCUCUCAACCCACUCAAGGAAAAAACUAAUCCAUAGGCAAGAAUAAUUAAAAAAGCAAAUAGAAUUCAUUAGACAUGUCUUAGCAACCUCAGCACUUUUAACCGAAUUCUAUUUAACAAACUUCAUAAAUACAUUCUAAUGACACACAAUCAUUUACUGAUAAUCUUAUGAAGACUCUCAACUAAAAAUUAAAGGGACUGAGCAAUCCUAAGAGUAAUAACAUAGAAGGAGCCAUUAUUGAGGUUGACUCUAAAAAUAGUUCUCCCCCACUUACACACAGUAACUAAUCCUCGAAGAAAACUUCCCCUGAAAUGUAUUAGCAAAACUACCUAAUGCAAAGAAUCCUUGAGACCUUUCACAAUUAUAAUGGAACAAGCAAUGAUUUAAACUAGCAACAUUCUUUGAAUUCACAGAUAGUUAAUACAUCAAUUUGCAGUCCUAUAACCCCAAUAACAAUAAUUAGCAAGUAGAAGUAAGGCAUGCCUUAAAUGAAACUUUAGAAAUUACAGAUAGAUCUUAAUGUUGAAGAAUUUAAGGAUGAUUCUCAGAGUUCAUCAGAGAUUUAAAGUGCCUUGCUUGAGAGAAUCGACGGUCUUAUUAAGGCAGAGCAUAGCUUAAUUGGCAAGAAAGUGCUUAUACCAAGAUAAACCUUGAAAAGUCACUUUGACACAGUAAGAGAUCUAAAAUUUUGUUGUGAUGAUAAAUUGCUGGUUUCUGUAUCAGAGGACUGUAUGUUGAAGUUGUGGGAUAUAAAGCAAAUUAGAUAAACUUAGCCAGAGGAUGAGACAAUGAUUGAACCUUUUCAAAAUCUGAGAGGACAUACAGGUCCCCUCUUUUCACUUACAUCUAAUCAUGGUAAGACGAAGGAUGAUACUUUAUUGUACUCAGCAGGAAGUGAGGGUGUAAUUAGAAUAUGGAGAAUACCAAAUCUAUAAGAGUAAAAAUAUUAUCCUCAAAGUGAUGGCAAAAAUUACUGUAUAGGAGUCUUUUCAUCUCACAAAGAUGUCGUCUGGCAGCUAGCCUACCAUCCUGUUGAUGAGCAAUUACUAUCUGUUAGUGCUGAUGGAUCUGUUAAAAUGUGGAAAUCAUUCGAUUUCAAACUAAAUAAAAAUACUAACCUUAGGAGUAGCAAUACUCAUGUUAAGAAUAAGCAAUCAAUGAAUCAAGGUGAGGGAGGAUUUGAAAGCAUUGAGCAAUGCACAAAUCAUUGCUUAAUGGGCUCUUUCCUUAAUAAAAAAGAAAAUGGAGUCCUCGAGAUUCCGACAAGUGCUGCUUGGAUUAAUACUAAUCCAAAUAUGCUCAUUAUUUCCUAUAGAAAUCCUAUUUUAGGAUUAUUUGAUAGAAUAACAGUAAUUUUUGUUUGCAUAAUGCUAUAAUAUAGGGUCGUUCCAGAGGUAUCAUUAAUGUCGAAUAUGAUGGAAUCCAAAAUCAACAAAAUCAAUUCUACAAUCAGAUAAACAAAGUAAUUGUGCACCCCAAUAUGA